AUGAAACGACUCCACGUCUGCCUGCUGCUGCUGCUGCUGCUGCUGCUGCUGCUGCUCGGUGUUACAACUACUCGAAACAGCAACAGAAUGAAGGGCAGCGCAGAUAUCUCCGCGAGCAAUGUGACGGCGCGCGCCGGUGAGCGGCCGCAGGAUUCCGUCUGUCGCGUCCUCACCUCAGCCUCUCCUCCUCUGUCGCUGAUGUACACGCGCGCGUCCAACGGUGUCCUCGACUGCCUCAUCCACCCGUCCGCCACACGGACGGAUAUGCGACGUGCAGUUUACAGAGAAUAUACGCACUCUCUGCGAUAG